AGUAACAAGAGAAAAGGACGAAAAUGGAGAAACCUAUGUUGAUGGCUUUUUUAUUUUUGUCAAUAGCAAUUAUGCCUUCAAUUCAUGGGCUUGAUCUAAGUCCGAAGGGAGUGGAGGAAUGGUUCAAGGCGCUUCCUAGUGAAAAAAUGACCAAACUUCACUUUUACUUUCAUGAUACUGUGACUGCAAAGAAUCCAUCAGCAAUUCAAAUAGCCCAGGCCAAUAUUACAUUUCAAUCACCAACAGGGUUUGGCUUACUGAGGAUGAUGGACAAUCCCUUGACGGUUAAACCCGAGCCCAACUCCGAAAUAAUAGGUCGAGCCCAAGGGAUUUAUGGCUCGGCCUCAUUCGAAGAUAUAGGUCUUCUUAUGACUCUCAAUCUUGUGUUCACAACGGGUAACUACAAUGGUAGCACACUUUGUAUUCUUGGGCACAACCAAAUACUUCACGAGUAUCGAGAAAUGCCGAUCGUUGGUGGUUCUGGUAUUUUUCGGCUAGCACGAGGCAUUGCCACCGCAAAAACCUACCAGGCUGAUAACAUCACACAAAAUGCAAUAGUAGAAUACCAUGUUGUAGUUCUGCAUUAUUGAAGUAUCCUUGCUUGUUUUGAUUGUUCACAAUGUAUUGUUGAAUGUGGUCCAUUAACUUUCUUGUGAUGCACGUAUAAUUAAAAGCAAAGUAAUAUUUGUUGCCUA